AGCCGUUUCAGUGCAAUUUGGCUCGUUCUUUGCGUAGUUUCCCUAGAAUUUAUCAUGCGUGAGGCUCCUGCAAUGUCGUGACCGUUUACGUCGGAAAAAACUCUUGCGUCAUGACCAGCGAGAAAGUGGUUCACUACCGAGCCUCCCGGGCUUGGAUCGAGGAGAAGUUCCGACACGACGUAACGAUCGAGGUUGAUCUGGGCACGGGGAAGGUCAUAAAUGUCGUCGAUGGGACGAAGGGCGACAGUACCAGUAGCAUACCAAGGAAUAAAGGGAGCGCAGCACCAGCGAAAGUGAUUGACCUGCCGGAGAAUGUACUCGUGAUGCCGGGGUUCGUGAAUUGUCACUCGCACGCGUUUCAGCGGGGCCUCCGCGGGAAGGGCGAGGAGGGCAAGGGCGAUUUCUGGACGUGGCGCCAGGGAAUGCACCGUCUGGUGACAGAGCUGGAGGAAGAGUCUUUCAAGAAGCACUGUCUGCGUUGCUUUUUGGACAUGCGGGACGCGGGAGUCACGUCCGUCGGGGAGUUUCACUACUUUCACCACGGAAGGGAAAAACUACAAGCAGCGGCGUCAAGCACGUCCUCGAAGAAUUCUACUUGGGCGUACCGGUACGACGACCUGAUUCUGCAGGCGGCAAAGGAGGCGGGUAUCCGGAUCGUGCUGCUUUCGGCCUACUACGCCCGCGGGGGCGUGCAGCAGCCUGAAUUGAACGCCGGGCAGAAGCGGUUUCGUACGACGGUGGGGAAGGACGGGUCGGACCGCGGGUCCGUGCAGUCGUUCCUGCGUGACCAGGUGGAAGGAUGUGCCGUGCAGUGCGAGAAAACGCAAUCGGUCGGCGUGGUGGCGCACAGCAUUCGCGCCCUGACGGUGGAAGAUCUGCGAGAGCUCGUGGGCUACGCAAAGAGAACGAACCGCCCGUUUCACAUGCACAUGGAGGAGCAGCGACAGGAAAUUGAGCAGUGCAGGGCGGGCAACGGCGGCCGCACGCCGUUGCGGUGCUUUCUGGACGCCAGUCCGCCUGGCGAUUUGUCCUACUGCACGCUGGUGCAUUGCACGCAUUCAAACGGGCCCGACAUGGCCGAAUACAUGGGGAAGCGGGGUGGCAACGUCUGCGUCUGCCCACUGACGGAGGGAUCGCUUGCGGACGGGCUGCCGCACGAAAUCACGCAGCGGCCCGAUCGAGUGGUCGUCGGAUCGGACUCGAACUUGCGCAUCGAUUUGCUCGAGGAGGCACGGUGGCUAGAGUACGGUCAGCGUGUGCGCACAGAGGAGCGAGGCCACUUUGGCGUGUCGGAUCUGGUUCGCGUGCUGACGACUAACGGGGCGCGGUCGUUGGGUCUGCCCGUGGGAAAAAUAGCGCGCGGCCACUUUGCGGACUUUGCGCUACUGGACUGCAGCGUGCCGGUGCUGCAGAACGCGUUGGCGACGGGCGAAGAGUGUCUCGCGGCCUGCCUCUUCGGCUGUUCGGGGGCGGAAGUAGUGGCUGGGACAGUUGUCGGCGGGGAACUUCGUGCGCGCCCGAACAGCACGAUGCCGCGUAUUUUGCAGCCAUGGAUUCUUGAGGGCGUCAGUGGUGGCAAGAACUACACUAUUGGCACUACUUCCGGGACGAGCGGGGGUGCACUCACGCGAGACGAGCGCUGCGAUUGCCGAUGGCGCGUGGAUAUGAUCGAAGAGUGUGAGCCGGUUUUAGAGGGGCCGCAAGGUCGUGGUCUUGGGAAGGACUCCAGCCCAGCAGGAGCACCGCAGCAAUCGCAGCAGAAAACAGCGGAGAACUUGCAGCAGAUUUUGCAGCACCCCGCACCCGAUGUGGUCGAUCUCGCUCGGGCGUUGAUCGACAUCGACUCGGUUUCUGGCACGGAGGUGCCCAUGGCCAACGCGCUGUCAACGUGGUUCCAGGCGCACGGCUACGACCUGGACCUGCAGUCCGUCGAGCCGGAGACUGGGAAGCCUGGCGGCGGGUCGCGCUUCAACGUGCUCGCGUGGCCGAAAGGCACCAGAGUUGCGGACUUGCCCAUCAUUUUCAACACGCACAUAGACGUGGUGCCGCCAUACUUUCCCAGCGACCUCAAGCUCGACAAAGACGGACGGGAAAUCUUGACUGGGCGCGGCGCGUGCGACACCAAGUCUUUGAUCGCAGCGAUGCUGCUCAGCGUGCAAACGCCAAUCCUGAAGCCGCACCGGCAGAAGAUCGGUUUUCUCUUCGUGGUGUCGGAGGAGACCACGCACCAGGGUAUGAAAAAGGCGAACGCGCUGCCGUUGGACAGCUUGAAAUAUCUGAUCGUGGGGGAACCGACGGCGGGCAAGGUGAUGCGGUACCAAAAAGGCAUUCUAAAAGUGAAGAUCGACUGCGAGGGCGUUGCGGCGCACAGCGGGUACCCACAUCUCGGGGUGAGCGCCACGGAGCUGCUGCUGGAUGUGCUGGAGAAAGUUCGGAAGACGGAUUUUCCCAGCUCGAAACUGAUCGGGCAAACCGACUGCAACAUCGGUUUUCUGGACGGGGGGCAAGCGAUCAACGCGCUGCCGGAGCGCGCAAGUGCGAGCUUGAUGUUCCGACUGGUGUCGAAGCCUGAGGUGGUUUGGGUGGAGUUGGAGAAAAUUCUUAGUGACGCAAACCAGAAGGCCGGGCAGGAACGGGUGCGUCUCACGAAGAUCAGCGAAAACGCGCCGGUAGACCUCACGCACGUGGACAAGUAUUUGGGAAAAAGCGGGAACUGGCAAUUUGGAACCGCCUGCUUCAAUACGGACAUCCCGUACCUGCAGACUUCCGCCAAAGCCUUUCUGUACGGACACGGAGACAUUUGCGACGCGCACUGCCCUCGGGAGUUCAUCGGCAUCGAGGACUUGCGAAACUGCGUCACCGCGUACGCGCAGCUGGCAAGUCAACUGUUGCUCUUUGAAGAAGCGUCCGCCUUUCCACCCGCCUCGAAACUGUAGUAAGCAACAUUUUGCAUCAUGACAAGAUCUAUUUCUGACGCUAGUGUGGGAAUGAAUGGUGGUAAUAAAUGAAUGUGGUAUAAUUGAAGUAGUAGUCGAGGAGAAGGUAGCCGGAAUUGUAGCGUUUUGAAAAAUUCACAAAAGGUCGCCGGAUGCUGGAGGACCGGCAUCAAAGAGGCAUCGAGUUUAAGAGCUUUUCGAUGCGCUAUAAGCCGAGACUGCGAUUGGCACUACGUUUGUUGAAGUUGAGGUACUACUAGGUUGUCACUCAACGUGAACUCUUCCUAACUGAACGCACCGAAGUACCCAGAUGAUUUUUUGAAGGAUGAUCACUAUCACAG